AUGAAUGGUCAUAUUUACGUUGAUGCAUUUUCGUUGCUACUAAACUACCAUUUGUGGUAUGUUUUGACAUCCGUUCGUGUUGAUUUCAUUUGGAGGGAUUCAAGAGCAAACAAACUUUUCAUGGUUCUCAUUGAUCAAAAUAGAGAGAAAUUGUUAGCAGUUGUUCCACAACAAAUGAUGCGCUUUAUUUAUGAAGGGAAUCUAUUGGGUGGUGUGUUUUCUUUAAAUCAUUUCCAAAUCGAACCAACCUAUGCUGAGUAUCCGAGAUAUCAAGAAUACAGUUUAUUACGUGGUGAUUUGAUGAUUAAGAUCAGCAACAACACGCGGUUUAAUCGUUUGGCCGAUGCUAUCAUAUCAUGGUUUCCGUGUUCAAUGGGGACUGUAGAUAAGGGAAACGAAAACUGUGAUGAUUCCCAAAACCCGAUAGAUAUAGAAAAAGAAAAUCGAAAAAGAUACAAUAGAAACUAUUAUGCACGAAAAAAGGAGAAAAACAAAAAGAGAAGAAUAGCUAACGGUGAAGGAUGUAGUCAACCUACAACACUCACAAGUUGCACUAUAAUGGAGACAAACGAAACAAAUAUCAACGAAGAUUCCUCUGUGAGUGUUAUAAGUGCUGCUCAGAGGACGAGUACUUAUAAUAAAGAAUAUUAUCAACGAAGAAAGGAACGAACUAUGAUGACAAAAAGAAGAGUAUACGCCUUUCAGGACGAUCCGUAUGAUUUUGUUUAUGAAAAUAUCCGUAUGGAACAUCGUAUAUUAAAGGCUCAAAACCCUUGUGUUUAUUGUGGAGCAAAGCGACUACAAUAUGAAUUCCCUACCUUUUGUUGCAUGAGUGGGAAGACAAAACUGGCACACUCCCCUAUUCCCACAGAGUUGCACCAACUCUUCACAAGGCAAGAGCAGCUAGAAGAAAGCUUCAGGGAUGGUAAAUCGAGGUAUUUACAGUUGUAUUUUUAUGACGGUGAAGCUGAAAUAUCACAAAGAUCCUCCUGGAAGAAUGUUGAUAGAAGAAUCAUCCAAAAACUAACACGUAUUCUAGCUUCGAAUCCGUACGUUAGAACAUUUAAACAACUUUCUGAUCUAGGACCGCUUGAUAAUUAUAGAGUGACUUUGAAUGCAUCGGUGGAGCUUGACCAAAGGGUGUACAAUAAGCCUACCACAUCUGAGGUGUGA